AUGCCGUACUGUGUGAUUCCGUCAAAUGCAACCAGUGGGAAGGGAAACAACGGAGCGAGUGCGAAAAGAGCAGAAAGCAGCGAUGACGGACAAGUAAAACUGUUCUAUGAGACCUAUGGCAGAGGCGACACGAAAGUGCUCAUGAUCAUGGGCUUUGCUGCCUCACACAUUGCAUGGGCGCCGCAGAUCAAGCCGCUUUCCGGCACCGACAUCCCCAACAGCAAACGUAUGUCCAAGCAGCCUAAAGCGGAAUCCGCUGCUGCGCCAGCCACCGGCUCCGACGACAAUUCCGCCGCUCCUCCCGCCAUGCGCAUGGACAACCGGUCUGGAUGCACGGAAAAUGGUGCCUGCGCGGUUGCGGUGACAAUAGAAGGGGUGGACGAGCGGGGAGACGUGCAAGCUGUCGAGGCUUUGCGGCUGGAGGAAGCGGGGAAGGAGCAGAGAGAAGCGGAAGGAGGCGCAGAGGAGGAGGACUUGAUUCUCACGGGAAGGGAGGUUUGCGUUUUCGACAACCGAGGGAUUGGCAACAGCACGUGUCCCACCGACAAGAAUGCGUACACAACUGCGAUCAUGGCGAUGGAUGCACUGCAUCUGGCGGAUCACCUCGGCUGGACGCAUUUCCACCUUGUUGGCCAUUCCAUGGGCGGUAUGAUCGCCAGCAAAGUGGCUGCCACCGCUCCCCACCGAGUGAAAUCCCUGGCGCUUAUCAGCGUCAGCGGUGGCGGCUUCGACCUCUUACCCAGGCUUGACAGCCGGCUCUUCUCGGUGGGAGUGAGGAUGAUGAAGGCGCGUACGCCCGAGAUGAGGGCGCACGUGGACCUGGACACGCACUUCUCGCGGGAGUUCAUGGACGAGGUGGCUGGCAGCUCGUCGCGGAGGGACCUCCUGCACGUGGAGUACGUGCAGAUUCUGUCGGAGCCAGGGGCAAUGCAGCCACCGCACGCUGCGAGCGGGCAUUUCAACGCGUGCUGGACCCACAAGCUGACCCGGGACAAUAUUGACAGCAUCUGCAGCGCUCGCAUCCCUACUGCCGUGAUCCAUGGAGUGGAUGACAUCAUAGCACACGUCUCCCUGGGUGAGCGCGUCGCCAAGCGCCUGGCAUCCGUGGCCCGGUUCAUCCCACUCCUAGGGGCGCACAUGGUGGUGCGGGAGCGCACGCACGAGGUGAACGCGUGUCUGGAGGAGCUCUUUGAUGCCGGGGAGGCUCGCGUGCCUGUGGAGCAGUGGGUGCGGAGUCGUAGUGAUUUGGACCUGCCUGGCUCGGCACGCGAGCAGCAUGAGAAGGCCAAGAAGAAGACUCUUGCGGCGCAAUUCAGGGCUCUGCUGUGGACCCUGUUUCUCCCCCUGUACCUCGUGAUCUGCCAGCUGCUAUCGUGGCCAGUACCCGACGAAAAGAGCCCAGCUUACAGAUCUCAGAGUGAUGAUUCCAACAUGAAUGAUGUGGAAUCGGGACUUGAUGAGAUUAAUGAAGCAGAAUCUGCAUCGCUGCGCUGCUGCUGCCCACCCUGGGGCGCUAGCUUCCUAGGAAACGGUGAUCAGAAGUAUGGAGAGCUUGGGAACGGCGGAGGGUUAAAGGGUGGAGAAUGGAGAGGGUUUUCUGCUGCCGCUGCUGCUGCUGCUGCUGCAUCGGUUCGACUGUCUGGGUUGGAGGCUGAUGCAUCUGCAGCUGACAUGUCGCCCCUUCUCGCUCCUGCAGUUCCCACAAUAACAACCGUCUGGGUUGGAGGCCAGUGCAUCUGCAGCUGCCAUCUCGACCCUCCUCGCCCCUCCCACACCCACAAUAACGCACGUUCUGCUGCACCGCCUUCUCUCUCUGCUGCACCGCCUUCUCUCUCUGCUGCACCGCCUUCUCCUUCCGCUGCACCGCCUUCUCCUUCCGCUGCACCGCCUUCUCCUUCCGCUGCACCGCCGUCUCCCUCCGCUGCACCACCUUAUCCUUCCGCUGCAGCACCAGCCGCUGGCUCGGAUGACAACGCGCCGCCCCUCCUGCAGUGUGCAUGGCCGACCGCGGCUUUGCGGCUGGGAGAAGGGGGGGAGGAACUGAGGGAAGCGAAAGGAGGUGAUGGGGAAAAGGAAGAGGAGGAAGAGGAAGGGAAAGAGGAAGCGGAGGAAGAGGAAGAAGAGGAUCUGAUUCUCACGGGCAGGGAGGUAUGCGUGUUUGACAACCGAGGAAUUGGCAAGAGCACAUGCCCCACGGACAAGAAAGCAUGCACGACUACAAUAAUGGCGAUGGAUGCGCUGCAUCUAGCGGAUCAUCUCGGCUGGACGAAAUUCCACGUGGUGGGGCAUUCAAUGGGAGGCAUGAUCGCCACCAAAGUGGCUGCCAUCGCUCCCCACCGAGUGAUAUCCCUGGCGCUUAUCAGCACCAGUCGUGGCGGCUUCGACAUCCUGCCCAGGCUCGACAAACGGUUCUUCUCCGUGGGUACGAAACUGGUGACGGCACGCACGCCAGAGUCGAGAGCGCGCGUGGAUCUGGUGAUGCACUUUUCGGAGGAGUUCAUGCAGCAGGUGGUUGGCAGCUCGUCGCAGAAAGACCUGCUGCAACUGGAGUACGUGCAGUAUCUGUCGGAGCCAGGGGCACAGCAGGAGUACGUGCAGUAUCUGGACGACAUUGUUGCACACGUCUCCCUGGGUGAGAAGGUGGCCAAGCGCCUGGCACCCGUAGCGCGGUUCAUCCCGCUUCUAGGGGCGCACAUGUUGGUGCGAGAGCGGAUAGAAGAGGUGAACGCGUGUCUGGAAGAGUUGUUUCAAGCCGCAGAGGCAUGUGUAUCUGUGGAGCAGUGGGUGCAGCGUCGCAGCGAUGUAUACCUGCCUGAAUCGGCGCGGGAGCGGCAUGGGAAGGCCGAGGAGAGCAAGCUUGUGACGCAAUUCAGCCAUGGUGCUGCUCACUCUCCCUUAGGGUUCAUUUGA